AUGACCAUAGGUGAGAGCAUGUGCUGCUGUAUACUGGUUGCGAAUGCUGUGUCAGGAGGUGACACAACGUCUGCUGUCUUCGUCAUGGUUUUGCCGAUUUCUGACCAUGCACCCCCAGCUUGUGUCAUCCCAGAAGCCUCAGCUUGUGUCUCCCCAGGACCCUCUGCCUAUGUCUCCUCAGCACCCUCAGCCUAUGUCUCCCCAGCACCCUCAGCCUAUGUCUCCUCAGCACCCUCAGCCUAUGUCUCCCCAGGACCCUCAGCCUAUGUCUCCUCAGCACCCUCUACCUAUGUCUCCACAGCACCCUCAGCCUAUGUCUCCACAGCACCCUCAGCCUAUGUCUCCACAGCACCCUCAGCCUAUGUCUCCACAGCACCCUCAGCCUAUGUCUCCUCAGCACCCUCAGCUUCAUCAGAAUCCCCUACAUCUGCCCUCAGAAACACCCUUCAAAAAUUCGCCCUGAUAUGUAAUCAGGUAGACGCCACGACCCUUCAGGGAUAUUUCAAAAGGGUUGAAAAUGGCAGCCCAGGUGAACCUCUAUUCGACCGUUGGAAGAUUUACUAUACUGAACUCACCACCCCCAGGCCAGCUGAACCAGUUUUUCAGACCCCACAAGACCCCCUCAGAGCCCCGAUUCCAGAGACCAGAAAGAGUCUGGACAGUUUGUAA